UUGCGUCGCGGCUCGCGUUCGCUCUCUUAUCUCACUUAGCGAUCGCUCUCUUAUCAAUUCAUUUUAUUUAUUUAUUUUUUUUCAUUCGCUUGUCACAAAGUUUGAGCGCGCACGAUAUUGACACCGCGACAAACUGAACCAAGCUUGCCAAACCCCCGUUGCAAUAUUUAUUGUACCGUGACAAUAGUUGGAUUGUUACCAUUCAAAUGCAAGUGUGAUGUCUCUCUCUCUCCGCGACUCCGUUUAAAUCUAUUGUUUGGUUCAUUUAAAUAAAAAAACAAGUCCACAAGUUGCGCAACCCGCGAAGAAGCGCCAGUUGUUUUUGUCUACGAGGGGGUGAAAAAACACGGUCUUGUUAUAAGGCACUCUUGGCUCGGCGCUCCAUGGCAACGAGGAGCCACCCGCGACCACGGUCUACCUCGCGAGACACCGACUAGGCCCAAUGGUUCGACAAUCAAACCAAGGGGUCAGUUCGGGAGAGUGAAGAAGACGGGCGGCAACAGCUGCCGGCGCUGAUAUCAAGAGGAAAAGGAAUGGUGCGCCGCGCCGUACGCAUCACCUAGAGCGAAGGAAAAGCGCGGAAAAAGGUACGGAGGAGAGGAAGAUCUCUCGGGAAAAUGAGUCUGGCUGGAGUUUCGUCGUCGCGGCCCGGCUGAGCAAUAUUAUCGAGGGGACGGGGAUAGAAGAUGCUGCCACCGGUCGUCAGCAAUACCAACGGCGAGAUACUCACGCUGUACACGAGCAACAACAACGAAUCGCCGGGGAAUCAUGGCAACGGAAGACCGCCGAGGGGGCGAUACGCCGAGAUCGGAGUCAGGAGAAGCGGCGUCUUCCUGGAGCCGUGCCUCAACCACCACCACGGCGGGCAGCCGAGCGGCAACGGGAGCCAUCAGGCGUCAGUGACAACGCCGGUCCAGGACAAUUCACCGCCACCUCCAACCUUGGAUCCACACCGUCGGCUCACCGUCGUCCCCCGGCUACAUCACGGACAGAGCGAGGGCUCGUUAUCGUCGGACAACUCUGGAAUAUCGGCCGGGUCGUCGAGCACGGAAGAGGAUUCAGGCGAGUGCAACGGGGCCGGAGGCAUGAGAGGCGGUGGUGAUGGUGUCGGCAACAACGGGGGUGGCAACGACACCGGCUGCAACAUCACCCUCGUCGAGCGCCUGAUACGCUCGCAUCCGAUCUGGUUCCUGCCGGGCAUACAACGGGCCGGCGCCUUUCACCUGCUCCAGGGCAAAGAGGAAGGGAAUUUCGUAGUUCGACAAUCGAGCCAGAGCGACACGAUGGCGCUGUCGGUAAGGCUGCCGGCCGGCCGGGGACCCUACAUCGAGCACUACCUCAUCCAGGCCAACAAGGGCAGGCUCAGCCUCGAGACGAGCGAGAAUCGCUUCGACAACAUACCCUCGCUCAUCGCCCAUUACUGCUCGUGCUGCGACGAAUUGCCGGUGCAGCUGACGCUGCCGCGAGCGAUGCGCGAGGCCAAGAAUAGACAGCAGCUCUCGUCGCUCGCGCUCUUGGGCCAAGAAUUCUGGAGGUACCCGAUGGCGAAUCCCAAGCCCCCGGAGAGCGUGAGCAGCAGCAGCAACACGUCGAGUCUCAGCAGCUUUCACGGCGGUAUCAACAACAACAACAAUAACUUGGGCACCCCCAUGACUGAGAGCAUCGUACUGAAUCUUACUCCAAUCAUACCAAAAGAAUCUCAAAACACAUCACCCAACAACACGAUAACAACGUCGACCUUCGCACCCCCGGGACCCCGCCAACCCCGACCAACCCCACCCAACACCUUGAACCUAACAACCUUCAACGAGCCUUUGGAAUCCAAGUGCGACAUCAACAAACUCUCCCCCCACGAUAAACUGUCCCAACGUCUAGUCUCGCCGAACUUGGUCCAAAACCUGGUAAGGUCACCUUCACCCGUAGUCCACAACGUCGAUACCAAUGUCCUAAGUCCUCCGAGGGACAUCAAAUGCGAGUUCGUUCGAGGCAGUCACUUCACCUCGAGCAACACUUCCAUAACGUCGAAUUUUCAUCGAAACAUCGCCACUGGAUUCAACGACCUGAACAUCAAGUCACCGGACGUUGUCCAAAUUGGAAACCAUCUGUUGAAGAGUCCCCCACCACCACCUCCCAGAUGGGCCAAGCCCGCGCAGCUUCAGAAUCAGAAAAACAUCAACGCUACGAGCACAGUCAUGCUAAGCGUCAAUCAGAACGGUGAAAUGAAUAACACUGUUCAGUCGACGCCGUCGGAUACGCCACUCCUUAGUCCUCAAAGUGCCUCGUCGAACAAGUCCCUGGGCUCAAAAUCCUCGUCGGCACAAUCGUCGUCCGCGGCAACGCCGGUUCUAUCGUCCUCUUCGAAACUCGUUAGCAACGGCACUAGAACGCCACAGGUCAUGUCUCCAUCAGUACUUUCGAGUACUGGAAAAUCGUCGAGACGCAGAAAAGAACGAGACGCGCGCAAGAACUCUCAACACUACCAGGAGUCGGACAUCCUGGAGUCGUACUGCAGAAGUUCGCCGGCCGAUAAAAUAUCCGACUACGAGGACAUCUGGAACACAAGCGACUUCCCAAACAGGUCGGCCAAAGAGAACCAGAACUACAACGGCGAACAGACGACGAGGAAUCACAUGAACGAGAACAAGGAUAGGAUACUGAGUCCAGGUGAAAGUAAGGUGAUCAGGGCUGAGCAGCUGGUCGUCCAGACGAACGAGAAACUGAUCAUCAGGAAUGACAAGACGAGCGCGAACGAGAAAUUUAGCUAUAAGGAAAUCACUAGUCCGGAAUUCACGAGCUUUAAGCCCCCGCAGGAGUCAAAGAGUCAGGAGACGACGCCGUCACCGGAGGACACGAGGAAACGACCUGAUCUUUUGUCAAGAGUUUGCAGCGCAAACUCCUUGAACAGCCCACUCAACCUAACGCCUCCGCGUAAGUUCGGCCUGAUGGCUGCUGUAACCCGCUCGGAGAGCAACAGUCCCAUGACCCCUGACUCGAAGCACAGCAGUCCGUUUUACGCUGAGCCAGCGGAUGCGAUACCUCGACCGGCUUUGUCGAACGUGGCUCGUCGAAGACCGAAACCCAUGAACUCGGUGACCAGCCGAUUCCGGCACAGCGAGCCUGGUUGGCUUCAAGCCCAGCUCGCGGGUAAUUGUAACCACGCCUCGGCCCUGCACUCGAUAGACUGGGACGAGAGCGAGGAGACGGAGGAGAAGACGCCCUUGAUCUCGUCAUCGGUGGACAAUUUGGCCAGAAGACUGAGCGGCAGGGAACCAAAGAAGGGUCUACCCGUGGCGGCCAAGCCCGUCCAGCCGCCCAAGAUCAAGCCCAAGAUAUUCAGUGACACUUCGUGGGCGGUCGACUCCAGCUGGGAGUUUAUUGGGAACGAUGCGGACAAUUGUGAACCAGACUACGACUGUGAUACGGACUGCGACGUGGAAAACGUGGGCGGGAAGUUUCCCGAUGACGAGCACGACAAGUACAUCAUACGCAACACUUUGACCGCGCAAAGUAUCAUUUUACAAAGAUACCCAGAACUGCUGAAGUCUCCGGAUGCAACGGAGAGCUUGUACAGUGACCGGAACUCGUCGUACGACAACGUCGAAAAACGCCAGGCGAACCACACGAGCACCAUGUCAACGAGCUCGACGGCGACCACGACGACGGUAUCGUCGAUAUUGACGACGACAACGGCGAUAACGACACUGGAUCCACGACGGCCCGUGACGAUCGUUGACCGCUGCAACAACUACGUUCCGUCCGAAUCCGAGACGAUUUUGGAUACGGACGCCGAGAGCGAUGUCGACAGGAUCAAGCGCAACCGCAGCUGCAAGCUGGAACGGCUGUAUUCGCUUUUAUCUCCACCUCGGCUGAACGUGCUGAAGCGUAACGGCGAUAAUGGCUCGAGUGCCGUUGGCUCGACCAUACGAUCCUACGCGCUGCAGUUGGCCGCCGAUAAAUCGACGACCUUCUCGCAAAACAUCGAGAACUUCAUUCAGUGCACGAAGGAGAGCAAGGAGGCCUCGCCCCAGGUCGUCAUGCGCAACAUGCGGCAAUUCAUGUCCGGCAUGAAGAACUACUUGGUGAAGCACGGCGAGCGUGAAUUCGAGAAGGAGGUCGAGAAGGAGCGCCUCAAGCUCAAAGCCAACGAGUUCCUCAAUCUCGACCACAUCCUCGAGGACGUGAUGAUGCACCUUGUGGUGAGGCCGCUGCGCGAGCACGUCUACCGGCUCUUCGUCGAGAACUACAUGGCGGACGGCUCGAUACCGAUGCUGGCUGACAGCAUCAAACUCGCUCAGUCCAAGAACAUGUACGACUUUGGCGUCCAGCAAAAAAUCUUGCCACCCACGGAAGCGAGCUUGGAGCGUAUCCUGAAGAUCAUGCAAACGUUGCAAAAAGCCGACUCACCGCUUGAAAAACUUGAUAAUCUACUAAUCGCAAUCUCUACUAUUUAUAAUUCAGUAAGACACGCCAACUCGAACAAAAUGGUAAUAAUGGGCGCUGACGACCUGCUGCCUCUGAUUAUCUGGAUUUUGGCGCGCGGAAAGUUUGUGGAUGCGGAAAUCGAGUCGGAGUUCAUGUGGGGCCUUAUACACCCGUCCCUUUUAACAGGCGAGGGUGGCUACUAUCUCACGACCCUUUCGAGCGCCGUGCAGAUACUCAAAGGCCUGAAAUCUAGUCAGGGGACCAUGUCGACGAUAAACGGAUGUGGAACACCGGAUUGUUCUUCCGUUCUGCGAAUUCUCGUUCCAGACGAAUUACAUGGUUCUCUUAAUACACGAACACUGCCAGUCCGACCGAACAUGAAUACUCGUGAUAUAUGCCGUAUUCUUGCCCACAAGAUAAGAUGCACGAAUCCUCAAGAUUACGGCCUCUUCAAGCUCGUUCAAGGAGAAGAAACUCUACUCGGAGAUCAGGAGUGUCCACAGGACAUGUUGCACUGUUUGUUCGCAUACAAACGAAUCGAUGCAAAGAUCGCCUGGCCAAAGACAGCUAACCCAACGACCCCGACACUGAACAAUGGCAAUCACUCCUGAUCACGUUCGCUAUCGCGACGAGUCGCGAAGAUCUUGUCCAUAAAUCUGUAUUAACUGCGAAACUUAUUAUUUUACUAUUAUUCGUAAUACGUGUAUAGACUGCUGUAAGAAACUAAGAAACAAAUAGUAUACUCUUCGUUGUACUCUUUUAUAAAUGAAACAUAAAAUGAUUGUAAAAAGUUAAUAUCGUGCGUAUUUUUCACUCGACUUUGAUUACUAUUCAAUAUAUUUAAUGCAUAUUUAACAGUAAUAUGCUAGUGAUAAUGUGCAAUAAAAAAGAUGUGCAAAAAAGAUUGUGUACUAAAUUCUAUCAAUCCACCAACUUAUUACAUUAUGUGGUAUUUUUUUUCAAUUACAACGUAACUGUGCAAACAUCUUUGGGUAUAAAAUUUGGAAUGUGAUGACAUAUUUGAUAAAAGAAAUUAUUUAAAUCAAUUAUGACUGAAUAAAAAAUUUUUCAUGUAUAUAAUUAAUAAUAUUUUUUUACUUCUAUAGAGGGUAAAAAAAGGGUUAUUAAAAAAACAGAGCAUCGCCAUAAUUUUCUAUGUAGUUUCAUAAUAAGUGUAUCAUAAUAAAAGGGAUUAGAUUCAACAUUUAGGAGUAGGGACAUUACAGCUGUAAUUUUACAAUGUCUUGUUCGUAAAUAAAAACAACGAAA